AACAAGCGAAAACAUAUAAAAAUGACUUCAGAGAUGCAGGUUGCUUCCAAGGUUAGCUGACAGAUAAACUGAAAAUAUUAUGGUCAGACAAUCAAGCCCAAAAAUCAGAUAUGGAGUUGUUUGACUGUAGAUAAUUUUCAUUUAAAGAAAUGAUAGAAACCAUGGAUGAUGGAGAGGUAGAGCUUUCUGAUAAUGUUCAAUUAUCGAAUCCUGAUUCGUCUAUUGAUUUUCCGGCUACAACAUCCAUUGAUUCAUUUCUUGAUGAUCUCUUGAAAAACACCAGAACCUGCACCCACACUCACACUUGCAACCCACCUGGCCCUGAAGCGGCUCAUACACAUACAUGUUAUCACACUCACACCCAAGUUCUUUCAUCUCAAGAAGAUGAACAACCAAAUAAUAAAAAGAAAACUAGUUCAAAACCAAGAAGACAAUCAGGAAACAGAGAAGCCGUUCGGAAGUAUAGGGAGAAAAAGAAGGCUCACACGGCUUAUCUUGAAGAGGAAGUCAAGAAAUUGCGGCUAUUGAACCAGCAAUUGGUCAGAAAAUUACAAGGGCAAACAGUUCUUGAAGCUGAGGUUUUGAGAUUGAGAAGUCUUUUCCUAGACCUUAGAGGAAAGAUUGAUCAUGAGUUGGGUAUUUUCCCCUUCCAAAAGCAGUGCAAUGGUACUACUAUGUAUAAAGAAGGUGAUUGUGGGGUGCAAUCUACUGAUGGGGCAAUUGGCCUACAAUGUCAGACUAACUUAACAUGCUCCCAUCCAAAUGCUGGAUCUUCAUUGCAGUCUGGUGUUGGUAAUGGAAGCAGGAAAAUGAUGGUAUCAUUGGAAGAAAACUGUCACCCUACAAUUAUUGAUUGUAGCACAAAUGAGAUGGUGAAUACUGAAGGAAAAACAAUGGAAACAGUGGAAACCUUAGGGUCAUCAGCAUCACAGGCCAAAUAAGUAGCAGCACAGAUAUCAUUUGUAAGUUUCAUGUGUCUUUGAUCCCGUUGUAACAGUCUGCAUAAAUUCAUACUGGUAUACUAGCUUUCAAUGUAACAUCUUUAUGGCAGAGUUUAGUUAUUAGUCCAAUGUAGUGCUCAUAAAGAUUAGUAGUAAGUCAAUGUAUAUGCUCAUUUCCAUAAUACAAGGUUAACUCUACAAAAUUAUAUACUUGAGGAUGAAGCUUUUAGUUUUAGUAUCUCUGAAUACUUUGUAUUAAGCCCAGUAUGUAAAUAAAUGCCUCUCAGUCAUGAUGAAUUUGCAUAUCAAUGUUCUGAAUAUAAUUUUCUU